AUGAUGUUACCAAGCCCGGUCACUUCCACCCCUUUCUCAGUCAAAGACAUCUUGAACCUGGAGCAGCAGCAGCAGCAUCAGCACUUCCACGGCGCUCAUUUGCAAGCGGACUUGGAGCACCACUUCCACUCAGCGCCCUGCAUGCUGGCCACCGCCGAUGGGACGCAAUUUUCUGACGGAGGGGAAGAAGACGAGGAAGAAGAAGGGGAGAAAUUGUCCUAUUUGAACUCACUAGCCACGGCCGACGGCCACGACGGCCACGGGGAUUCUGGGCUCUGUCCGCAGAGCUAUGUCCACGCGGUCCUGCGAGACUCAUGCGGCGGGCCUAAGGAACAUGAAGAGGACUCCGAGGUCGUGAGGGACCGGAGCCAAAAAAGCUGCCAGCUGAAGAAGCCUCUGGAGGCGGCGGGAGACUGUAAGGCGGCCGAGGAUGGCGAGAGGCCGAAGCCACGCAGCCGCCGGAAGCCCCGGGUCCUCUUCUCGCAAGCCCAGGUCUUCGAGCUGGAGCGCAGGUUCAAGCAGCAGCGGUACCUGUCGGCGCCGGAGCGCGAGCACCUCGCCAGCAGCCUGAAGCUCACGUCCACGCAGGUGAAGAUCUGGUUCCAGAAUCGCAGGUACAAGUGCAAGAGACAGCGGCAGGACAAGUCUCUGGAGCUGGGCGCGCACGCGCCCCCGCCGCCGCCGCGCCACGUGGCGGUGCCGGUGCUGGUGCGGAACGGGAAGCCGUGCGUCACGCCCGGCGCCCAAGCCUACGGGGCGCCCUACAGCGUGAGCGCGGGCGCCUACUCCUACAACGGCUUCCCCGCCUACGGCUAUGGAAAUUCGGCUGCGGCCGCGGCCGCCGCCGCCGCCGCCGCCGCCGCCGCUGCGGCCUACAGCGGUAGCUACGGCUGUGCGUACCCCGCGGGCGGCGGCGGCGGAGGGGGCGGCGGGGCCCCUGCGGCGGCCGCGGCAUUGCAGCCCGCCUGCAGCGCGGCCGGAGGCGGCCCCUUUGUGAACGUGAGCAACCUGGGCGGCUUCGGCGGCGGUGGCAGCGCUCAGCCGUUGCAUCAGGGUGCGGCGGCCGGGGCAGCUUGCGCGCAGGGCACCUUGCAGGGCAUCCGGGCCUGGUAG